AAUUGAUCCAGUACACUAAAUCUGCCUGCUAUAAGACUAUCUCAGAUCUUCACUUCUCUGCAAGUAUAUGCACAAUACAAAUCUUUCCUCGCCCAGCAUUUGCGGAAACAGAGGUGUCGGACAGCCAUGGCGUCAAGGGGCUUGACGUUUUCCAUUGCGAUCGCGGUCGCGGUGGUGACCGUGAUGAUCUCCAUGGAGGCCACGACGGCGCAGAGGAACAACAACAACAAUGGCAGAGGGCGGGGAAACGGGCGAGGCAAGGGGUUUCUCGACCCAGCCUCCACCCACUACAUCGUCCUCGACCCGAGGAGCGCCACCGGCCAGGAGCGUUUCUUCUGCCUCGCUCGCGGCCGCUGCCACUACCAAAUCAUCGACUGCCCUGCCCAGUGCCCCCAGCGCAAGCCCCGCCGCAACCGCCGCGUCAAGGGCUGCUUCGCCGACUGCAGCAGCCGCUGCGAGACCACCUGCAGAAGACGACUUCCCAAUUGCAGGGGCUAUGGCUCUGUUUGCUACGACCCCCGGUUCGUGGGCGGUGACGGCCAAAUGUUCUACUUCCACGGCGCCAAGGGGGGCAACUUCUCGCUCGUCUCCGACGAGCAGUUCCAGAUCAACGCCCACUUCAUCGGGUGGCGGCCGGAGGGGCGCUCCCGCGACUUCACCUGGGUGCAGUCCCUCGCCGUCAUAUUCGACUCUCACGUGCUGGUCGUGGCCGCAAAGCCCGUCGCAAAGUGGGACGACCGCCUCGACGCGCUCGCCGUCCUCUGGGACGGCGAGGAGGUAGAUCUCCCUGCCGACGGAGACGCAGAGUGGCGCCGCGCGCUGCCGGAGUCGAAUGGAGAAGAAAUCGAUGAGAUUAUUGAAGUGGAUCAGCGGGAGGUUGUGGUGGAGAGGACGGCGGACAGGAAUAGCGCGAAGGUGACGGUCUCGGGGCUGGUGGAGAUGGACGUCAAGGUGGCGCCGAUAACGGCGGAGGAAGAUAGAGCACACAAUUACCGGCUGCCGCCGGGCGACGCGUUCGCGCACCUGGAAAUGCAGUUCCAAUUCAAGCGACUGACGGAGAAGGUGGAGGGGGUCUUGGGGCAGACGUACCGGCCGGGCUACGUGAGCCCGGUGAAGAAGGGGGUGGCGAUGCCAAUGAUGGGCGGCGAGGACAAGUACCAGCUUCCGUCCUUCCUCUCCACCACUUGCGCCAAGUGCAUUUACCGUCCCGCCGCCGGCGUCGUCGACGUGGCGCAAUACUGAUUUUAUUUAUACUAAUUUGGAGUAUGUAAUAACUAAUAAUCAGAAUGAGAUUUUUAAACAGUGUGAAAAAGUUGAAUAUUUAUGGCAUAUUUAUUGUUUCUCUUUUA